GGAAAAAUAUUAAUAAUAUAAUUUAAUCCAAAAACACAACCUUUCUGGCAUCUACCACUUCCUUCUUCUCUCUUCUCUACCCUUAUCUCUCUCUCUUUCUCUCUUUGCUUUGUAAAUUCUCUAUGGCGACCCUCCUCAGAACUCCAUUUUUUCAGGCAACCGCUCCGGCGAGUGUUUCCGCCUUUUCCUUAUCCAAAUCCACCCUAAAACCCUCUUCUUUAUCCUUUACAACCUCUCACUCUUUCAUUUGUUCUAUCAAUUCCUCCAAGUUUUCAACUCGUCCUCCUUCUCUCCGCUUCCCCAAGCGGCCUUUUGCUUCCUCCGGUGAAACGGAAAUUAGCGAGCUUGAAGAGGAAGUUCGCGAUUCUGAGGCUGAGGAUUCUUCUGUUAGUUAUACCGGUGUAGAAGAUGCGACAAGUGAUAAUGACAUAAGUGAUGACUCAGAAGUUAAUGCUGAGGAUUCCACUCAGUCAGUCAUUGUAGCAGCACUUCAGUCCUAUAAGCAGGCGUUAUCUGAUAACAAUGGAGCUCAAAUAGUUGAAAUAGAGUCUUUUCUGAAGUCAAUUGAAGAUGAAAAGCUCGCAGUUGAAAGAAAGUUGAAUUCCUUAAUUGAAGAACUUUCUGUAGAGAAGGAUCGAGUUUUGAGGAUCAGUGCUGACUUUGAUAAUUUUCGGAAGAGAACAGAGCGAGAACGUCUUUCAUUGGUAAAAAAUGCUCAAGGAGAAGUAGUAGAGACUUUAUUAGGUGUCCUGGAUAAUUUUGAGAGAGCUAGGGCACAGAUCAAGGUGGAGACAGAGGGGGAAGAGAAGAUCAACCAGAGUUACCAGAGCAUCUAUAAGCAGUUCACCGAGAUUUUGGGCUCCUUGGGUGUAGUUCCUGUUGAGACAAUUGGGAAACCGUUUGACCCACUGCUUCAUGAAGCAAUUAUGAGGGAGGACUCCACAGAGUUUGAGGACGGUAUCAUACUCGACGAGUUCCGUAAAGGAUUCUUGCUUGGUGACAGACUCUUACGUCCAUCAAUGGUGAAAGUUUCAGCCGGUCCCGGGCCUGAAAAGUCAGAUGAAACAGCACCAGCAGAAGAGCUUGAUUCAAGUGAAGAGUUUGCGAACUCGGAAUCAGAGUCUUCUUAAAACUCCAAAUCCUCUCGACCACAAUCCAAUUUUGAAUGUAGUCUGAAUCCUUUUUAUGCCUGAUAAGAGACUGGAGAUAGGACUUUAUUGUUGUUAUUAUUGGUGAUCAAGGUUUUGAAAGCAGAGAAUUUUGAUAUUUGAUUUCAGGGGAUAGCUUUUGAUGAUGAAAAAUUGUUGUUACCAUGAAGAUAAUCACUUGGUGAAAUGAUGUAUCUGAUUUAGACGAAUAAUUCUCUUUCUAAAAACUUUUUUGCUAUAACAUGUUAAGAGAGAAUUUACCAA